UUCAGCAGAGGAGAUAAACACGAUUCUACGGGCAAAUCGAAGAUCAAGUCUCUUCUCUGAAUAACCAGGCCAUUGGAAGUUCUUUCUUUCUCCACUCCGUUUCAUUGGUUUGAUGCUUCAAACUCCUCCCUAAAAUGUGGCGUUUACCCCAAAAUGUAAUUUAGGGAGAGACUAUGGGUCGGUCCCACCCCUUUGGAAAUACUUCCUGCUUCCGUCUUUUCGGAUCCGCCUCCGCACGUAGGGCUUCAAACACAGGAAAAGAAGAGAUUAUAACAACGAGUAGUGGAAUAGCACCAAGAAAUUUAAAGAAGCUUAUGCCAAGUGAAGGAUUGGUAUUACCAAAUCUUUUGAAUUGGUAUCAACAGCCUAUUGCUUCUCAGCCUUUAAUCCAGUGGAUAUUUAAGGAAUAUUAUUUGAUGACCCUGAUCCAUUGCUUCCAUCUUCCAGUUUCUUAUUAACCUAGAACGUCAGGGAGAAAUAAUUCAAUCAUCCAAUGUUCCGUCAGGUUUUCAGUUGGACAACUGUAGAACCUCUACAAUGGAACAAACUGUAAAUUCACAGUCAUCUGGGUCACUGAAAUCUGAAUCAGAUCUGGGCAGCAUGGAAAACAGCACUCAAGGUUCAGAUGAUAAAGGUGACCUAACUAAUGAGGAGUCCCCCAAAACUAUCAAACCCACAAGUAAGGAGUUCAGGAAAACUUGGGGUUUUAGGAGAACUACCAUUGCCAAACGUGAAGGUGCAGGGGAUGCUGAAAUAGACAAUCUGGAACAGCAGCCCCAGCAGCAAAACCUGUCUCUAAGGCGGAGUGGCCGGCAACCCAAACGAACGGAAAGGGUUGAAGAAUUUCUUACAACAGUGAGGCGUAGAGGAAGAAGGAGUGCCGCCGUUUCACUCGAAGAUUCAAGCGAGGCAACUUCCUGUCCAGUGACGGAUGUUGAAACUGCUUCUGAAGGAAGUGUAGAAAGUACACCGGAAAUUAAAUCUAGGCGAAAAUCUGGCUCUAGAAAUGUUAAGAAUCGCUCUGCCUCGACCGAGAAGGAAGCCAAAGAUGAUGAUGAUGAUACCUCUGAUAGUGACAGUGAUGGGCUGACGUUAAAGGAACUUCAGAAUCGUCUUAGACGGAAGCGUGAACAAGAACCCACAGAAUUGACUCUGAAAGGUAUCCAAAAUCGCCUUCGAAAGAAGCGUAGGGAAGAGGAUCCUUUACAGAAAGUUGAUGUUGAGGCCGGCAGUACGGUUAAGACUGAAUUGCCCAUGAAACAAGAAGCUACGGCUGCAGAUCGAGUAGCAGAGCAUCAGGACCCAAAAGAAGGUAGUCCAGAUAAGGUGGAAGUGAAAGCUCCCAUGGGAAUUAAAGACAAAGAUGGAGAGCCAGAAGAGUUUGUGAAACGGAAAUAUGAAUGUGAGGUUUAUGAUCCCAAUGCCCUGUAUUGCAUUUGUCGCCAGCCUCAUAACAACAGAUUUAUGAUUUGUUGUGAUCGAUGCGAAGAAUGGUUUCAUGGUGAUUGUGUGGGGAUUUCUGAAGCUCGUGGGAGACUUUUGGAAAGAAAUGGAGAAGAUUAUAUCUGUCCAAAUUGCACUAUCCUGCAAGUACAAGAUGAUUCAGUUUCAGAAUCAGAUCUCCAGGAAGCUAAGUAUAGGCAUGAAAAUGCUGAUGGCACAGAAUUUACAAGCAUUGGAACAGUUGAGCAAAAAUCAAGUGAGGACCAAGGAAUCAAGGGAAGAAUUGAGAAAGCUGCAAAUCCAAGUGGCAAGAAAAAACUGAAAAUAUUUCAGCCUAUUAUGGAGGCUCCUGGUGCCUCAAAAUGCAUUGGUCCAGGUUGUUCUAGUGUGGCUCAACCUGACUCUGUGUACUGCAGCAAUGACUGUAUCCUUAAACAUGCAGCAGCCACCAUGAAGUUUUUGAGUGCAGGCAAAGAGCCAAAACCAAAAGUGAAAGAAAAGAUCAAGCCAAAACCAGAAAAAUCCAGUCUUCCGAAAUCUAUUACCCAGGCGGGUAUUAAACUGUCUUCUGUUCAGAAGAGACCAGCUCUGGACAAAAAAGAGAUCUGUGCAAAGAAAAUGGUGUUGACAGCCACUAAGAAUGAAGCAAGCCCAGUACCACUUACUAAGGAGAUAACUUCAGAAAGCAGCACACCAUCCUGGGCAAGCGAUCACAAUUACAAUGCAGUAAAGCCAGAAAAGACUACUGCCAUUUCAUCUUCACUGUUAUAUAAAUCCAUUAAAGAAGAGAAGAGGAUUGAAGAUAAGUCAGCAGUUCCAGUUUUUGUGUCAAAAAAAGUGGUUGCUUCAACUUCAGCCUCUGUAGUCGGCAAGCAGUCAUCUGUUAUACCUAGAAAUUUGGUCCCGAAAAAAUCCACACCAAUUCCUAACCCAUCAGUUCUCAAACAACCAAUUAAAAAUUCUCCUGGAAAUUUCAAAGGUGUGAUCCCCAAAAAAUCUUGGCUUACAACUACAUCAGGCAGUGUUUCAACUACUAAACAGUCUGGACUCUCUUACGUCACUGCAGGAUCCAGUUCUAAAAAAUUAAGUAUGUCGUCUUUAACUGGGGGGCUUAAAAAGACAGCAGGAACUUCUAUUCCUACUUCUUCAUCUGUAGCAGCAAAAUUCGGAGCUAACACCUCUCAGUCACAACCCAACUCUCAAAUUCGACAGAAUAUUCGACGAUCUCUAAAAGAGAUUUUGUGGAAAAGAGUCAAUGAUAGUGAUGACUUAAUCAUGACAGAAAAUGAAGUGGGAAAGAUUGCCCUGCAUAUUGAGAAGGAACUGUUUAACUUGUUUCAUGUUACAGACAACCGUUACAAAAGUAAAUAUCGCAGCAUUAUGUUUAACCUCAAGGAUCCCAAAAAUCAGGGACUCUUUCACCGUGUUCUGCGUGAAGAAAUUCCUUUGUCAAAACUUGUAAGAAUGAAGCCUGAAGAACUUCUCUCUAAAGAGCUGUCAAUGUGGAAAGAGAGACCCACAAAAUCUGGGGAGUCCAGAAAUAAACUGCAGAAUGAAAGCAAGAAAUCUGUCACUAAGCAGGAAGCUAUACCAGAUAUGGAAGAUUCUCCACCAGUGUCAGACUCAGAUGAGCAGCAAGAAUCAUCCCGAGUUGCACCUGAAAAAAGCAAUGCUCCUCUCCUUGAUAUUUUCAGCAGCAUGUUAAAAGAUACAACAAGUCAGCAUCGAGCUCAUCUUUUUGACCUGAAUUGCAAAAUCUGUACAGGUCAGGUGCAAUCAUCAGAAGAUGAGCCAGCUAUAAAGAAAUCAAAAAAUUCAACCUCGGCUAAGAAGGUGGAACCAAAGUCAAAAUAUGACAGCACCGUGUCUGGGACUGCUUCUCAGUCUACUGAUGAAGUUGCUUCUGAAACUGUAGAUGACGCUACUCCUGAAUCAGAAGUCAAAAACAUUCCACAACCAAAUGUGGAAAAAAAUUUUCUGGUAGCACAGGGGCAAGGCAAUGCAGAGCCAUCUGUGCUGGAAGAAAGCUCAGUUUACCCAAUCUCCUGUGCUGCUGGAGUUGUUACUACAGUAACUGUAUCAGGCAGGGAUCCUCGAACUGCAAUGAGCAGUUCUUCUGCUGCUUCAGCAUUGCGUACUAGUUCUGGCACUCUGACAGACAGACCUUCUACUGGAGAGACAAAACAAGAAAUGCCGAAACCUGUUGUGACCCCCACGGCAGUACCAAAAUCCAUAUUGGCAAAACCAUCCUCAUCACCAGAUCCAAGAUAUUUAGUUAUUCCGCCAUCACCAAAUAUUAACAUCCCGGAAUCACGGUCUCCCCCAGAAGGAGAUACUUCCCUGUUCCUGUCUCGCCUCAACACCAUUUGGAAAGGAUUUAUUAAUAUGCAAAGUGUAGCGAAGUUUGUCACUAAGGCAUACCCUGUCUCUGGGUGCUUUGAUUAUCUCAGUGAGGAUUUGCCAGAUACAAUUCAUAUUGGUGGGAGGAUCUCACCGAAGACAGUCUGGGAUUAUGUUGGCAAACUCAAAUCUUCUGUUUCUAAGGAGCUGUGUUUGAUUCGCUUCCAUCCAGCAACUGAAGAGGAAGAAGUUGCCUAUAUUUCUCUCUACUCCUAUUUUAGCAGCCGAGGCCGUUUUGGUGUUGUAGCUAAUAACAACAGGCACAUCAAGGACCUCUACCUGAUUCCACUGAGUGCUAAGGACCCAAUUCCAUCCAAACUCUUGCCCUUUGAGGGACCAGGCCUUGAGUCCCUUCGUCCAAAUAUAAUUCUUGGUUUAGUAAUUUGUCAGAAAGUUAAACGCUCCUCGACUUCUGGAGAAUUGGACAAGAUUGAUGAAAAGCGAAACCGACUUCAAGCUCAAGAAGACAUGGAAGUGUCAGUCUACCCCAAAGGAACUACAACUUCUCAACCAGAAAAGAAACAAUCGAAAUAUCUGCCUAUUAGUACCACACCUCCAGGAUCUCCUCCACCUCCACCCCCACUUCCAGAGCCAGCAACAGCCCCAGCAUCCUCUUCAGUUUUAAAAAUACUGUCAUCACUUAAAACAGGAGUUGGACCAAGUAUUACAACUCCAUCAGGUUCACUGACAGCCUCAGCAGCUACUACAGUCCCAACUUCCUCUUCUGUUAAUUCGACCACUUCAAAAACAGCCUCACCACUGGAACACAUUCUUCAGACUCUUUUUGGAAAGAAGAAAACAUUUGAAUCCACUGCUAAGGACUCUGAACCUGUUCAGUCUUCAGCUAAUGAGACUAAAAUACCUGUGGAUGAAGGAAUGACUACUACUCCAAUGCUUGAUCCAAUUGUUCAGCAAUUUGGUCAGAUGUCAAAAGACAAAGCUCUAGAAGAAGAGGAAGAUGAUAGACCUUAUGAUCCUGAAGAAGAAUAUGAUCCAGAGAAAGCCUUUCAAACCCCAGCUGCUGAAAGUGAAAAGCGGUAUGAGGUUGAAAACACUUGUGAAACAUCAGAAAAAGAAGAUGUGGCUUAUGACCCAGAAGAUGAAACCAUUUUAGAAGAAGCUAAAGUUACUAUUGAUGACUUACCUAAUAAAAUGUGCACUGAUACUAAAAGCAGUUCCACAGAAAAAUCUGCUGAAUAUGUGACUGACGUAGCUGCUCCUUCUUUAGUAGAACAGCAGAAAAUGUUAGAAGAACUAAAUAAGCAAAUAGAAGAACAGAAAAGACAACUAGAAGAACAAGAAGAGGCCCUUAGGCAGCAAAGGGCUGCAGUUGGGGUCUCAAUGGCUCACUUUUCAGUUUCAGAUGCUUUAAUGUCACCGCCUCCAAAAUCUUCUUUGGCAAAGAAUGAAUUAUUCCAGCAAGAACAACAAACAGUAGAAAAGUCAGAUUCAUCGUCAUCCUCAAAUCAGCUGACCCCAGGAGUGAACCCAAGUUGUGAUCCGAGACAAAGUAGAGACCCUCGUCAAGCUAGGAGAAUGGUUACAGAGAGUAACGAGGGUGAUGAUUCUCAGUCACAGACACUUCUAAGUACACUAGUUAGUGGUACCUGUACAAAAGAGACUCCUGCAGCUGAUAAUUUGAGCCAGGUAUCAACACCAUCACAAGGAGAUAAAGAAUUAAUUCCUACUACUCAGUUGCCCUAUAGUAAUCAAUGGAUUUCAGGUGAAAAAAUGGCCACAUUUUCUGACCAGGGUGCCCCUAACAGUAAAACUGAAAAUUUAGAAAGCACAGCUAAACAGCAGUCAGAAAGCUUGCAUCCAGUAGUUCCUGGGGAAGUUGCAUCAAAGCCUCUAAGGAAAGUACUGCUGCCAACACCCACUAAUGCACCUCUGCAGACAAAUUUCUUCGGGCAGAAUGAUGGAUCAGCUUUUAAUUCUAAAGUAGGGGCAAGAGAUCCUUUUCCAAAUGCAGUGUUUACAUCUCAGGAAAAAUCUCUUGGCUCAUCCCAGUAUGAAGAUCUUACAAAUGUUCCGUUUCCAGAAAAAAGCGAUCCUUCAGUUGAGGCAGAGGGAGAAAGAGGACCACAAUCUAAACCCAGUGAUGACAACAGAGGCAAUUUGUCAUUCCCUCUACCUGGACAAAAGGAAAGUCCACCUCAGCCACAGUUUCAAGGACAAAAUGAACCUCCGUCACGAAAUUUUGGAACAUCUUUAGCAUCUCAUUCACCGAAUUUUCCAGGACCAAGAGGUUCAGGACCUCAGUUUUCAGAAGAAAAUACUGUUUCUAACAAUGAUGGACAAAGAGGGCCUCCACCUGCCAGAUUUGGACAAAAAGGGCCUAUUCCUUCAUUAUUCUCUGGGCAGCAUGGACCACCUCCUUUCAGUGACAACAGAGGCCCUUCACCUUAUCUUGCUGGGUCACGAGGAGUAUCACCAUCCCAAGUGGAAGAACGAAGGGAUCCUCAUGGGGAAAAACGGGAGUUUCAAGAGUCCCAAUACAGUGAGAUGACCGGACCUCCGUCACAGUACGAAGGGCCAGAACAAUCCCAGUUCAUGGGAAAUAGAGGGCCAACACCUUUCACUUUCGGAGGCCAAAGAAGACCUUUGUUAUCUCAGUUUAAAGGACCUCGAGGAGGACCUCCACCAUCUCAGUUUGGAGGGCAAAGAGGACCUCCACCUGGUCAUUUUGUGGGCCCCAGGGGCCCCCAUCCCAACCAGUUUGACGGUCCCAGGGGUCCCCAUCCCAACCAGUUUGACGGCCCAAGAGGCCCCCACCCCAACCAGUUUGACGGCCCCAGGGGCUCCCAUCCCAACCAGUUUGAUGGCCCCAGGGGCUCCCAUCCCAACCAGUUUGAUGGUCCCAGAGGCCCCCACCCCAACCAGUUUGACGGUCCCCGGGGGCCCCAUCCUAACCAGUUUGACGGUCCCAGGGGCCCCCAUCCCAACCAGUUUGACGGCCCCAGGGGCCCCCACCCCAAUCAGUUUGACGGCCCCAGGGGCCCCCAUCCCAACCAGUUUGAUGGCCCCAGGGGCCCCCAUCCCAAUCAGUUUGAUGGCCCCAGGGGCCCCCAUUCCAACCAAUUUGAUGGCCCUAGGGGCCCCCAUCCUAACCAGUUUGAGGGUCCUAGGGGCCCCCAUCCCAACCAGUUUGAUGGCCCCAGGGGCCCCCACCCCAACCAGUUUGAUGGCCCUAGGAGUUCAGCUCCUAAUUUCAUGCAAGGCCCUCGGGGAAUUCAGCCACAGCAAUUUGAAGAACAAAGGGUAAAUUCACCACCAAGAUUUGCAAAUCAGAGAGGUCCAGCCCCACAUCAGUUUGGUGGACCAAGAGGAUCUGCACCAUUUUCUGAAAAAAAUGAACCAGCCCCUUCAAGAUUUCACUUUCAGGGGCAAUCUCAACAAGGUAUGAAAUCAGGUCCCAGGCCGCUGCUUGAUCUUCCAAGCCACCCACCCCAACACAGGAAGGAGAGAUGGGAUGAAGCUGGCCCUUCUGCUUCCUUAUCAAAUACAUCUGGGCAGGGGUCUGAAUCAGAGGCCCAGUGGCCUUCACCAGACUUCAGAGAUGGCAAAAAUCCUGAGUUCAGAAACCAGAACUUUGAAGCAAGACCACGAGAUAGGUUUGAAGGAGGUUCUAAAGAAAAGCCAUUAGAGGAGCCUGAAACUCAGACAUCAGAGAAUCGACAAAGCAGAGGAUUUGAAGAAAGAAGAAGAGACCGGGAUCAUAGUAAACCUUGGGAGAGAGACCGAAGCAGAAAUUGGAGUAGAGAGAAGGAAAGAGACUGGGAAAGAAACAGGGAUUGGGAAAGACACAGAGAAAAAGACACUAAUCGAGAGUGGGAUAAAAACAAAGAAAGAAACCCAAACAAAGACAAAGAAAGAGACUCAGAACGGAACAAGGAUUGGGAAAGAAGCCGAAGUAGAAAUAGAGAUCGGGACCGUGAAAGAGAUCGAGACAGAAGACGGGAUCGGGACAGAUCAAGAAGCAGAGACCGGGAUCGGGACAGAUCAAGAAGCAGAGACCGGGAUUGGGAUAGAGCAAGAGACAGAGACCGUGAACGUGACAGAGACCGUGAAAAAGAUAGAGAUCGGGAUCGAGGAAAAGAUCGUAAGGACCGAAGUAAAAGUAAAGAAAUUAGGGAUUUGAAACCAGAAGAACCGAAGGAAGUUAAAAAAACAGCUGAAGUAGAAGGUUCAUCAUCUUCCUCCCAGACAUGAACCUGGUUGUACUCACUUGCCUGACUUGUAUAUAAAAUACUUUAUUUGGGGUUUUUGGUGUACAUAUUCUCAUCUUUAUGAAAAUCCCUCUUAAAGCCAGCCUUACAAAAUGUGUUGAUGUACGAAGGCAUUUUUGAACAUUGUUUGGUAGAUGAAAACGAGAACAUAAGACUUCAGUUUACUGUAAUUUUCUGUGUAACAUGUUUUCCUACAAAAUUUCACUUCUUUACAAUUCUAAAAUGCUUUUUUUUUUACUUGGGGUUCUUAAAAUUUCCAUUUAUAAUUAAUGCAAAAAUGGGAAAAGUCUACAAAAAGCAUAUUGCUUUUUCAGAAUAUAAAGUUAUGUUUUCCAGUAACUUGACUAUUGUAAAUUUUAUAAGGGAAUUUCAUUGGACCUUAGGAGCCAUACCUUUACAUCUCAUGUAUCUGUAAAAAAAAUGUUUCUACGGGACUGUAGUAAAGUGCUUUAUAAGGGGGUUACAUAUUGCUGUCCUGUGUUUUUACAAUAGAUGGACUGUAUGUAUUUAUCAAAAGACUGUGGAAAAACAGUAUUACUAGAAUAAUUGGAGUAUUAAGAAAUGCUAAGCUUAUAAGUGCACUAUCCCCCCUUUUUGAUAUAAAGGAAUCUGAAUUAUGAUAUUCAACCAGGAAAGAAUUUUGGUUUAAAAUACAACAUGGUGUUGCCAGAUUUAUAUUGCCAUACAAAAUGUUAUAAUGUCCCUGAAUCCAAAAUAUGUCUGUUGUCUUUAAACAGAAGUUCAUGGGAAAAUGAUUAGAAUAUACAAAUUUAGCCAAAAAUAAAUUGUGUGCAUCUUAAAAUUAUUUGGUUGUUCUGAGGAAUGAGAAACAUUUUGUUUGCAGAAUGUUCCUGUUUAACUCUUCAGUAUUCCAGUAGGAUGUAUCUAAAUUCUGAACUGUUAAUAUUUGUCAGUCAAUAAUACUGAUAGUGUGUUUAAAAGUUUGCCACUGAAAAUAGAAACAUAUUUGCAUAAAGUCUGAAAUAAAAGUGAUAUCAGUUAAAAUACUACAAACUAAGUGGAAAAGCUUCACUGUGAAAUACAGUAUACUUCUUUUCAUGUAUUUUUCAAGUACUUAUGAAUUGUGAAAUAGAAAAUCUUGCUAAUUUAUUUGACUGUGUACAAAUACACUUUGCUAAUUUUUUAUAUUUUCAUAAAUGACUUUUGCAAAUGUAAAGUUAGAAAAUAUCAUUUGCUUCUUGGGGUCUGUUGCUCCAUUGUAUAUCACUACGUAUUUUACACUUUAUAAAUAGACAAAUUUUCAAGUUCCUAAAACAUCAAGAACUUAAAAUCAUUUGGGUGAUCUGUGUAAGCCAGUAGUUAAAAUGUUAAGUUACAUAUGUAGGUAUAAAGCUCAAGUAUCCAGUGUGAUAUACGUUUUUAAAAAAACAACUAAAAUGUUUCUAAUUUACACCUAAAAAUGUAAAAAUCAAGUGUGUUUGUUUAGGUUUACUUGAUAGAAACUUCUGUAAAUUGUAUUUUAUAUCACAAAGUAUAUCACUGUACAUUAAAACAUGGG